AUGGUGAACAAAAAUCUGUCCAAUGCAGAGAGGAACCAAAUUGUGCAAUAUCGUCUUCAAAAUCUGAAAAACGGCAAACCAAGGAAAGGAGCCAUGAAGGUGGCUGUCACCAUCUUCAAUUCUUUGCAACGUACGGUGACUCGGCUUUGGGCUGCAGCCAAGAAAAAAAAGGAGAAAGGUGAGCAAAUUUAUUUAACAAGUGCAAAACCUAAUGCUCCUAGAAGGAAAAGAGUUCACGUAGACAUAGAUCUUAUUCAAAGCUUAGAGCUACACAAACGUUCGACAAUUCGCAGGCUGGCAGUGGGAAUUAAUCGCAGCAAAAGCACAGUUUGGCGUUGGGUGAAUCAAGUGCUGAUCAGAGCCCACACAAGCGCUAUUAAGCCUGCUUUGACAACACCUAAUAAAUUGCUUCGACUACAGUUUUCACUAGAAGCAUUGGAGUUUGAUCGAAUCAUGAUGGCUUUAAAGUUUAAGGCAAUGAACAACACAGUGCACAUUGACGAGAAAUGGUUCUACAUAACAAAGGCUGCACACAAGACACAUUUUUCAGAUGAUGGUGAAGUUCUUUUUGAUGGGAAGAUUGGUAUCUUCCCAUUCAUACAAAAGCUUCUACCGGCUAUAAGAGCUAAGUGGCCCAGAAAUGCAUCAAAGGUCAUAUACAUUCAGCAGGAUAAUGUCAAACCUCAUAUCCAGGACACAGACCCUGAUUUUAGGGCUGCUGCCACUGCAGAGGGGUUUGACAUACGAAUAGUUCAUCAACCACCAAAUUCACGCGACACAAAUGUGAAUGACUUGGGGUGGUUUCGAGUUAUUCAAAGUAUCCAAACAGAAUCUGCCUGCUACAAUGUUGACCAAUUGAUCAAGGCAGUGGGGGAAUCAUACGCACAACUGUCUCCUCACACACUCAACAAGGUUUUUUUGAGUUUACAAGCAUGUAUGGUGGAAAUCAUGAAGCAAAAGGGUCACAAUGCAUACAAGAUCCCUCAUUUGAAAAAAGAUGCACUUACGAGGGCAAAUGCACUUCCAAAUGACUUACACAUGUUCCACUAG